AUGGAAGGGCUCGCGAAUCGAACGCAAACUCACAUGCUUCCAACUCCGCAGCAAAACAUUACUGGUCCCGGACAGUAUGCAGCUAUAUCUAUACAACAGACACAACAAGAGAGGAUGCCUCCAACUUACGAAGAAGCCCAGCUAGCGGUUCAAGCGGUCGAUAUACAACAGAUUACCAACAUGGAAGCGGAAAAACAAGCUAUAUAUCGCCAUCCGCUCUUGCCUUUACUGGCUAAACUGUUCGAGAAAUGCGAGCAGUCAACUCAAACGUGCGAAUUGACUCCAGCCAACGCUUUCGACAACGAAAUAAAGAAUGGCAUUCUGCAGAUGAAUCGAGAGGGAAAGUCUUUCUACACGGAGGAUAGGGAUCUCGAUAAUUUGGUGAGCAUAGUUUUUUUAUUCUUUGUAUUCAAGUCAAAACCGUUUCCAGGCUCUAGUAUAGCAUCUUGAAAACUCUUCAUCUCUUGUUUAUCAAGUUAAGCUGUGUAUCUUCAAUAACACAAAAAUUUCGUGCCACCUCUACUAAAGCAUUUCUUAGUCUUUAACGAGAUACCCUCGUGGAUUAAACUUAUUAAAAGAUACAUAUUUCACAAUCAGCUAACUGGAAUAAAGCCCUUGUUUUUCGCGAUCGACUGAUACUCGUGUCGUCUUCCUUCAUCGCGAUCUUUUCGUCGUUAUUAAUUGUUUUCAAUGGUACCCGUUGCGGAUUUCAAAACGGAGAGCAUCAUCCUUCAAAUAAAGACACAGACGCGGCGUUUAUUAUUCUGCAGGUACCAUGAAAAGGUCUUUCUGUAUUGCGUUUCUUUCGGGCAAAUUUUAAUCCCGAUUAUGUUAAGCUUCUUUUAAAAUAUGGCGGCCGAAAGGAAAUCCCACACUACAGGAGCAAGAAUGAAACAUUCGAUAAAAACCAGGAUAUUUUCUCUAGUCACGUUAUAUUAACUUGCUGAUACGAAAGCUUAGUUAGUAAGUAACGGUUUUCAAGGCUAUGUUUACAAGUAAAAGUGCAAAAUUAUUAUCCAUUUUUAAGAGGAAGACCAGAUUCUUUUGCGGAUCAUCAGAAGAUUUCCGUUUUCCUGCCUACUUACAGCUACUUGUGCGUCGCGUGAAAUAUGCGACAUUUCCGUUGGCCAUUUCCUCGUUUAUAGUGUUGAUAAUUUUAAUUACUUUACUCUUGCGCAUUUUCGUAAAAUUAAUAUUAAUUCUUAGUCAAGGGUCUUAAAUUAAGAACUGACUGUAGUCUUCCUUAACAGGAUUGCGAUAAUAACAAAGCAAUAUAAUAUUUACAUAAUAUGCAAAUAUGUUGUUGAAGGCAUUUAUUGUAGAUCCGUCCUUUUUUGUCUUGUAUGGUAAAUAAUCAUGAAAACUGUGUUCAGGCUUGGCCUUAAUAUUUUAUUAGAAAACAAUAUCUUAUGGAAUUUCAGUGAAGUUCCAUCAACCGUGAUUCCCAUUUUAUGGAAGAAACAAUUUAUUCCAAAUUUGUUAUCAAUUUUUUAUACAGUUUAAGUGCAGCGUUUGUUCUGAGCAUAGCUGCUUUUGUACCAACAGAUGAUCAAAGCAAUCCAGGUUCUCAGAAUUCAUCUGCUUGAGCUUGAAAAAGUCAAUGAACUCUGCAAAGAUUUCUGCCAACGUUACAUUGCUUGCCUGAAAGGGAAAAUGCAGAGUGAAAAUUUACUUCGCAGUCCUCUUCAAACAACUUACUCCCCUGCGGUGAAUGUCUUGAAUGCAAAUGUGCAACCACAGACACCGACAACCCCAAUUCAAGCACCCCAGCCAACGUUUAUUCCCCAGCAGCAAGUUGCAUAUUACACAGCACCUGCAGCUGUUACGCCCUGCACUGUCGCCAGCGCAACCCCGACUGUAAGUGUCAUUGGCACUCCACUGCAACAGCAAGUCACAACAGUGGCAUAUGUUCCCCAGGGAGUAGCCCCUGGUCAACAGAUUGUCAUAGCACAAGUCCCACAACAGCUUACUCAGCAAGCAGCAGUACCCACUAGUGUAACUUAUACCACAGUACCUACGACAGUAACAUACAGCUCAGUGCCGCCAACUGUGACGUACGUGAGCACGCCAACUAUUGAGACUGUGACACCUUCUCGGCCCCAGACGCAUUCCUCAGGAGAUGAAUCUCCAACGGAAAUAACUGUUCCAUCAAGUGUUCCACUCCCUGCCCUUGACUCACCCACAGAGGUUACGGAUAAGAAAAAAACAAGAAGGGGUGUCUUACCUAAACAAGCAACAAACAUUAUGAAGACUUGGCUUUUUCAACAUCUUGUGGUAAGUGGAUGAUAAUAAAUCACUUAAGUUGUGUAUAUUUGUGGAUCUGUGCUGCUGAACAUUUUUUAUGUGUUGAGGGCUUGACUAUUUUGAGCAUUAAAUUUUUUGUCCCCCGCAGACAGGCACAGAUCCACACCAGUCUCCACCAUUUUACAGAAAUUGGUCAGAUUUUUUAUAUUUAAUAUAAUACAUUUUCAAUACAAAAAAGCUGUCCUUGUUGAAACUGAGAGAUUAAAUAAUCCGCCGAUUUGCAAUGUGAGGAGAAUGGAGCCAGCCAAUAAGUAUCCUGUGUAAAUGACUCAGAAACCCAGGAAAGGGACAGGAAAAAUCCAAAAAGUUUUCCCGGGGGAGCAUGCCCCCAGACCCCCUAGAAGCUUUGGCCUUUCUCGCUCAUUUCGAAAAUUGGUCAUUAUUUAUCCUAGAUCCGUGCCUGUCUGAUGAAUAUUAGGGGUAAACAAGAAAAUCAUUGGGGACAAAUAUAUAUUUAUUAAAGUUGUCUGAAUUUGUUUCUGAAACUCUUGCAUGUGAAAAAAAUAACAUUAAGGCCUUGUAAUUGAAGACGUCGAUGCAUAUUCCAGGGGGUUGUUUCUCCAUGAAUAACCCGCUGAAAGCUUCUUGUAUGAUCCAAAAUGUAUGCUAACUGUCGACACGGGUUAAGGUAUCAGCCACCCUUAAAAUUGCCAUUUUUCCAUAUUUGAGGUUUCAACGUUUUCAAAUAGAUAUGCUUGAGAGCUUUCUUUUAAAAAAAAAAUCAGAAGAAAAUAUUAUUUCUGUCGAAAGAUAUCGGGGGUAAAAGAUUUUUUCUCGUUAAUUAUCUUAAUUGAUCGUUAACAAGUUCUGUCAUACCCGUGUCAUAUAUCAAUUAACUUGCCUGUGAACUAGUUACGUGAUACCGAAAAGCGUGCUUCGACACAAAACGUCUUGGAAUUGUCUUCGCGUUAUUUAUAGCCUUUAGUAUUCUCCGUGGAUAUUUAGCGUUUGCUUCGUGAAAAUGCCGCCAAAAAAAAAAAAAAAAAAAGAAAGGUCGUGUCCGUUUUAGUCAUCGAAACCGAGAUCGAAAAAGAAUUCAAGAGCGAGUUUGACAAAGAAUGGGCCGCAAAAUUGGCAGAGAGCGACAAAGGCUCAUUUUAUCAGCAAGAGAAGUGGCUCAAGAGAUAUUCAGAAAAGCGAAAAAUGCUGCAGUUGCUGAGAGUGCAAGCUGCUCCAAAAUCCAGCUUAAGGAACCAAAUGAAGAAAGCCAAUUAAGCUCAUCGACCCCAUCUGCUGAUGGAACGUGGAAAACAAUAAGCGGUCGAGCUAUCGUAUUGAGCGAAAAGCUGCUUGAGAAACUGGACGAGUCUGUAUCUUGUCGAUUUUGCCAGGGAAGAGUCCAAGUCAUGGAAAAUGUAGCGACUAAGCAUGGACUUGGUUCUACCUGGAGAAUCCAGUGCGAGAAUGAAAGCUGGCCGUCGCACAAGACAAAUUCUGUUUUUAAUUCUUCCGAGAAGAGCAGAGCGUUUGCAAUAAACUGGGCGUCAGUUCUUGGCCUUCGAGCAAUCGGUGGUGGGCAUUCGGCGGCUUCAAAGUUUUUUAGUUUCCUUGGCCUGGCGAUCGAGAAAGAAUUAAACCGUGCUUCUCGUGGUGUAAAAGAGUGGAAGUUUUCCAACGGAGAAUUAAACUGUUCACUUGAAGAUGUUGAUAGCAAUAAAAAGUUUGUUCCUGUUACAUGUUACCUGUCAAAAUCCUAUUGUUAGAGAAAAUUGAUCCCUCUCUGAUAUCAAUCAGAAUAAACAUUUAGGUGUUAUAAUCUCAUUCCAGGUAGGAUGCCGCCAAAAAUGUAUUUUCUAUUUUAUCUCCGAACGCAAAAUUUUGCUGAUCGACUCGUACGUUUUGAAGUCCAAGUCGGCAGCCUUUCAAUCAAUUUGGCUAAAAUUUGGCCAGAGUGAUGUCAUAUAUCUCUUCUACAAAACCGUGUCUGCGAAUUUUAAUACUCCUUUUCAUUUUAAAGCUAGAGCUUUUUUCCACAGAGAGUGUUGACUAAUUGCCUUCCCCAACUUCAUUUGCUAAUAAAAGAAAAACAAACGCACUUGUCAAAAAUCUGAGACACGGUUUUUUAGUGGAACGUGUUGAGAAGCGAAUGCGGUGUUAAUUGUUUUCUUCCGUUUAUUUCCGGCGGGAAUGGAACAUGAUUUAUAGAGACGUGUACUUUUACACAAAGCGUCCCAAUUUCGAAACACAUUUAAGUAAAUCGUUUUUGUUAGUUCAAAUCCAAAAUCUGGAAUUAUUAAGCUUUUAAAAAAUAUAUGGUUUAUAGGGGUUUUUAUAAAAACAACUAACGCUACAGCGAUCCGCGCGCGGACUGUCCUGAAGGGUGGCUGAUACCUUAAACUAAAAGGUUGAUGCAUCACACUCUAUAAUGCGUGUAGUGGUGUUUUCAGUCAUCUGAGCUUGUUUUGGGGGGUAAAAAACUGGAGUAUUUCCUCUUCCAACAAUCCCUCAAUGAAUGCCCCACAGUUUGUUUGGCUUUUAAGGUCCUGUGCUAGUUUAGGAGCUUAUCCCCAUGGCUUUCCUGUUUUUUUUUUCGUUUUCUUUUUAUAUUCCCUAAUGGAAAUCCUUCUUUCCUGAUGGAAAUAUAUAGCCUGGUUGAAGGCAGGGGUUAGCUUUUUUAUGCCCAAAAAGUUGUUUUACACACUCAUUAAUUCUUUUUCUUUGCCAGCAUCCAUACCCCACUGAAGAUGAAAAACGAAGUAUUGCAGCUCAAACUAAUCUUACCAUUCUUCAAGUCAAUAACUGGUGAGUUGUAAGUGAGUUAUAAUAAAGCCGGUUAUUGUAAUAAUCUGCUUCUGCAUGCUGUUGUGAUUUUGCACUCUUAUCCAAAAUAAUAACAUUAUUAUUGUUGUUGUUGUCUUUUGACCGUUAUGCUAUUUGUUAACCCUUUAAGUCCCAAUAUUCACAUACAAAUUCUCCGAACUGAUCUCCAUACAUUUCCUUGAAGAAUUAGUUGAGAGAAUUUGGUAAAAGAUCAGAUAUUUUUCUCUUUGUGAUCAUUUUGUUGAUUCUCAUAGACUUUGCUCAUGAGAGUCUAUGGAUAUUGUUAGGAGAAAAUUGAUUUUGAGCAAUACUGGUACUUCACAGUAAGGUUCAGAUCAGAUUAAGCCUUGGACAACUAGGAAAAGAACUAAGAGUAUAAAGCACCUCUUUCUCUUCUCACUCCCCCACUCAUUAAAAUUAGUGUGAUUGUUAAGGUUUAAUUAACAAAAGAAUUUUUGCUUCUUUUGAGUGUCACUUUGUUGCCUUUUUUGUGAAAAAUUUUCUGUAUUAUUGUGUAAAUAGGUUCAUUAAUGCAAGACGUCGUAUUCUUCAACCCAUGUUGGAUGCCAGUAAUCCCGAAGGACCUAAGGCUAAAAAGUCAAAAAUCCAAAGUCGCCCAGCUCAGCGUUUCUGGCCAGAAAAUUUAGUCCCCAGUCAGUUAGCAACUGUUCCCAUAGCUCCAGCUCCUGUGACUGUACAGGCGGUAAUGCAAGGUGGAGCUGUUCAAAUGCAGACAGUACCACCUGGUGCAACUGUUGCUGUACCACCAGGUGUGGCUUUACCCACGACUAUAACGAUACCAAAUGUACAAGGGACCACAGUCAUCCCAGGAACUGUUGCUAUUCAACAACAACCACAAACAGGCACACCAACCACAAUGGUGGUUGUAACAAUACCCCCGUCAGCAAGUCAGAUCAGUUCAGCGUCCGCAUCUGAAAGUUCCUCGGUUGUUACAUCCCACCCGACGAUGAUGGCGUCAGCCGUGUCGUCACAAGUUGAAACAGUCCCGGUCAGUAAUCUGUCUCCCAUGUACACUAAUAUCCAGCAAGGCAGUCCAUCUCUACAGAGUUCCCCACUUCCAACCAUGGUACAAAAUGGUGGAGAAGGUAGUCUUGUGAAUUCACCCCACCACCUUUCUACGUCAAGUGUCAGCAUAGCCGGAGUCCAGGAGAACUUAGUAGGAGUUACUGCAAUUACUAUGGAUAAUGCUGUGGUCUCCAGAGGAAUAGUAAACUGAUUUUACAGGGCUUUGUUUGUGAUUUACAUAGCUGUCAACUGGAAAAGUUUUGUUCCGUUAUUAUAUUAACUCUUUCACUCCGUGUUGUGGUGUAUCACAGUCUGCUUAAAUGGCUCAUAGAGUGAAAAGCUUAGUGAUAACCAACCAUAGUCAAUAAUGUUAUUUGAAUAUUGGAAAAUUGAAUCCUUUUGUCAUUGCCUCUACUACCAUUGAAUUCAAAUCUUCAUUCUGGCAUGCACAAUAAACUGACGAAGUUGGGACUCAUUUUAUGUAUUUGGUCAGUUUGAAAAAUCUUUCUAUUCAGAUGUCUGAGUAAAUAAAAUUUGUCUGAAGACAUUUAUAUUAAAUUUAAGAAGAAAAUUGAGCUUGCUGGUUGAAAUAAUAUCUCUCAUGUGAAUUUACUUCUCACUAUCCAUGCAGGAAUGCCAAAAAGAAUCUUGUAACAAUAACAACCAACAGAUUCAAUUUUCAAAUAAUUAUUCAGUUCAGUAGUCGAGUUUAUGGGAUGCACUUGAGCUGGCAUGACUGUGAUAUUUAUAUUCUUUGACAUUUACACUUCAUUUAGCAAGAUGAUGAAAAUUCAAUGUUAUUAUGCUUCUUUGCUGUACUCAGUUCACAGUUUGACAAAGCUGACUAAAGUGUCCUUUGAACCAUGCCAAAAUAAAUAAACUGAACAUUAAAAGAGGAAACAUUAUGCAAGAAAUUCUUCAUUCUUAAGGGAAAAAGAGAUAUGUCAAGUGUUCCCUAGGGCAUCUUACUCAUAAGGUACUGAUAGCUUUGAAUCUUAAAAUUUUCUUUGUUGGUUGUUAAUGAGGCCCGUAGGGCUUGAGGUGUGUUUGCUGUAUUUUUGUGGCAGUUAAAUUUUUGUUAAUGUCGAUUCAUAAAUUAUGAAAGGCAUCUUCCAACAUAGGUUCCUGAUUUACUUUAUCUCACUAAUUACAAUAUCACAAUUUUUUGCCUCUUAAUAGACGUGUUUGUGGUCUGUCCAACUAUGAAUAAUUAUAUGCAAGUUAUUUUCCUAUGGCCAGAGUGCAAAGCACACAGGCCUUGAAUCUAAAAGGAAUAUUCUGAAACUUGUAGUAUGGAUCAACAAAAUGAGUUAAGUAAAGUGCUUCUUACAUCUCUUGGUGUUUUGAACAGGUAUCAAAGGACUCAUGCAGGUUGUAGUAACGCAAAAUACAGACAACCACAUUUACCGUCCAUGUUGCAUGCACUGAGAGAUGUAACAAAGGUUGGGAGAGUUUUUCCCAUUCCCCAAAAAGGUAUCUUCAAUUGAGUUGACAA